AUGACGGAUACAUCCAAUGGGACUGAGCUCAGUGACCAGUUCCAGUCAACUCUGGACAACGUUGACGAAAUGUUUGACAAAUUGAGUGUUUCAGAGAUUCAGCGCUUGUCUUCACAGUACAGUACAAUCAUUGCAACAACUAAAUCUGAGCUACAUAACCUAGUGAGUGAGAAAUAUCGUGAUUUGAUCAAGAUAGCCGAAGAUAUUGGUGACUUGAAAAGUAUAUCAAGCACAAUUGAAGAGAGCUUGCACGGAAUUUCGUACAAACCAUCAACAUUUGUAUCUCCUUAUAAAGACAAAUAUGUCAAGUUUGAUUCCAUUUUGCGAGAUCAAAACGCAGCGAGAGCUCGGGAAAGCUCGAGGUCAGUCAUAGUCCGCAGUAUUAUUCAAAAGAGAUUAGCUAAAUUGGCCAACAAAACCACACCUGGCGGGUCUAGUCCUUUACUCCAUACUUCCAAUUUUAUACCAUUUGUUAAGGAGCUUUAUACAAUUGAAACAGUUUUCAAAGAUGUACUAUCUGAAAAGAGAGAUUUGCAGCUACAGAUGCAUUACAUAAAACAGCAAUUGAUUGAUUAUUUUGAGUACGAGAUAUCAGUUUACAAUUCUCCCAUAUCCCCCUUUAGUUCAAAUGAUAAAUUCAAUCCUCGUCUACGGUUUUUGGAGAGAGAUUUUACCACUGAGAAGUUUGUUGAUGAUAUUUCAUUUCUUGAAGAUGACUUUGACCAAUUUCAAGGCGACGAUAAUGACGACAAUGACAAAGUACAGGAGAAACGUGAACAAUUUGACAAAUUGGACACAUUUAAAAACACAAACUAUUAUAGAAAUGUCCUGCCCAUGUGCAUUUAUUUGGUGUGCUACACUGUUAUUGCGAAAGACAUCACUAGUGCUGAGGAUGUAAAGCACAAAUUGAUUGACCUCAGAACAAGCUACUUGAGUAAACUACUUUCGGCAUCUGGUGAAAACAAUCACUCCAUCAAUUACCGUCUGGUUCUUUUGUAUUUGGAAAACACAUGCAAUUAUCUCAAGAGUUACCUAGGUGAGACGAGUGGCAGCGAUUACUUUCAAAUUCUUCAAGACGUUUCCAAGCCAUGGAGCCUAGUUGAUCUUGUGGGCCACAAAGGUUGGAUAGAGGACAUCCUAGUUGAUUUUGGGACAACAGUCAGUAUUAAGGAAGAAGAAUUCAAAGUUGAAGAAGGGGAUUUCGAUAAAGUGAUGGAGUUCUUGAAGCUAGUUUCAAGCACACUCCAAUCGUCAUCGCCCACGUUUGAUGAUUUGUUUACAACAAUCGCCAAAUAUUACAAUUUUAUACUAAGUCUAAAAAGGUUGAAGGAUGUGACAAGGCUUGCAGGGUCACAAUCGCAAUUGGUACAACUUGUCUCUAGCUCGACCUUGGUAGACGACUUGUCCAAGGAUUUAGAGUCACUCAUCAAAGAGAUUAACGAAGAGCACAUGGCAAAACUUAUGAGUGAAAAGGGGCUUUUGGGAUUAGUACGAGACAUUUUGGACAGUUCAGUCAGUCAACUAGAUACUCACACUGUUUUUGAUACAAGCAUAGUUAAUUUGAUGGAUUACAACGUUGGGGAGUAUAUGAAGGUGGUCUUGAACAAUAGCAAUCGAGCUAAACAAAAUCUGUUGGACACCACUCACCAAUUGAAGCUAUGGUUGAACGAGUGUUAUCGAUUGGAGAAAAUCAUCGACUUUGACCGUGAUGCUUCGGAGUUGAUGAGAGGAAAAAGACAAAAUUACGAUUACCUACCUCAACUAUAUCACAAUUUACACAAUGAUGACAUUAAGUGGGGGGACUUUACUGCAGAUUGUUUGAAAGAACGCUUCCAAGCUCUAUACACAACCAUCAACGAAAGCUUUAAACACGAGGUUUCAAACUUUAGUUCAGUUUUGUUAAAUUUGAGUUCAAAUGAAGAUGAAGUCUCUAAAUUGAUUUAUCUUACUGGACUUCUCACUAGGUUACGAGAUGAUAUUGAGUUGAAUACCACUGAAAACGAUACAAAGCAAUUGAUCUCAGCCAUUGAUUCUAAUGUUGACGAAAUUGUUCAAAAAGUAGUAUCCCAAGUUUUGAAUGAUCAACUUCAAGCUUUACAAAGCCUAGUGGUUACAAAGGAGGCAACAAUGGAAGGAUUCGAUAUACCAACCAGACCUACUCUCCAGUUUGCGCUGAGAAUGCAUGAAAUAGCGCAAGUUUUUCUCACUCAAGCGACAAAGAUGGAAGUUGAUAAUAUAAACUUGUUUCUGAACUCAUCAUCGACACUGCAGGCAUUUAUCAAGAUGAAGAAUGCGUGGUUCGAAAUGCAGAUUGAGUCAUUCGUGUCUCGAGUGGGAUCUAAUGAUUCUGGUAAAGUAAACCAAAAAAUAUCCACGUUCAAUCCAGACGGUGAAUCGAAAAACAAGGAGGAAAAGAAUGAGCCUGAGAACAAUACCGAUUCAGAGCAACCUAAAACCGAGCCUGAUCAAAACCAUGAAAAUACAAUGAAUGAAACGGAAAGUGCCAACACAAACGCACGUGCCUCUACACUUCAGAUAGCAGCAAACAUUGCAUUCUUGCAAUUAUUCCACAAACCCAAUGUUGAUGCAAAGGGAAUCAAGCAUAUAAUCGACUCUGUCAACAAAACUGAACCAUACAGUGAAAACACUUUGGAGAUAAUAUCGAGCGGAGUUUCUUCAUUUUACAGAUCGAGACAGAAUGUCUAUUUGCCGCUACUGUUGUAG